CUAAAUUGAAUGACGUCACAGGGAUUUUCCUCGAGUAUCGAUGAGUCAUCCAAAGACAUGACUCUCACCGGCUUGUAAGUGAAGUUUACUGAAUGGAUAUUGGCCUGUAGAUACACCAGAACACAGGGAAACUCCAGGACAAGUCCCGGCCUUGUUGGACACUGGCUGGGGAAGGAUUCAAGCAAUUUGUUUCGUCUAUUUUCCGAGGAAUUUUCAAAAUGGCCGAAGAUAGAACAGUUCCAAUGGACACAGGGACCCCAACUUCAAAUGUAAAACGAAAAAAUCUGAAGCUGUCUUUUGAUGGAGCAAUGCCUAGGCCUGCACGACCAAUGGCUGUACCAAUGUCACUCCCUAUUCCGCAUAACCCACGGGUAGAGCAGGUUGCAUCUGGACAUACCUUGGCCAGCAUGGGACACAGAACACAGAUAGAGAGACUGAGAUCACAAAGCAUUGAUUCUGCUGGAAAACUGAAGAUCUCACCAGAUAAAGAAUAUGACUUCACUGCAGCGGACCUGCAAGAUUUGGGAGAGAUAGGACGUGGUGCAUAUGGCACAGUCAACAAAAUGUGCCAUACAAAAAGUAACACACUAAUGGCAGUAAAGAGAAUACGGUCAACAGUUGAUGAAAAGGAACAAAAGCAAUUAUUAAUGGACUUAGAUGUUGUUAUGCGAAGUAAUGAUUGCCCAUGUAUAGUGCAAUUCUAUGGGGCAUUAUUCAAAGAAGGGGACUGCUGGAUAUGCAUGGAGAUAAUGUCAGUGUCCCUGGAUAAGUUCUACAAGUUUGUAUAUAGACACUUACAGCAGCAUAUACCUGAGGAAAUAUUAGGAAAAAUAGUUGUAGCGACUGUAAAGGCGCUACAUUAUUUGAAAGAAAAAUUAAAAAUAAUUCAUAGAGAUGUUAAACCAUCCAAUAUUCUGCUAGACAGGAAGGGCAACAUCAAACUAUGUGAUUUUGGCAUCAGUGGCCAGCUAGUUGACUCAAUAGCUAAGACAAGAGAUGCUGGAUGCAAACCAUACAUGGCUCCUGAGAGGAUAGAUCCAAGACAUUCUAGUAAAGGCUAUGAUGUCAGGUCAGAUGUCUGGAGUCUAGGAAUAACAAUGCAUGAAAUUGCAAAUGGUAAAUUCCCGUAUCCAAAAUGGAACAGUGUAUUUGACCAGCUAACUCAGGUUGUACAGGGGGCUGCCCCUAAACUCUCUCAAGAAGAUAGGUUCUCAAACUCCUUUGUUAAAUUAGUUAACACAUGUUUAACAAAGGAUGAAAAAUCUAGACCCAAAUACAAUAAGCUUCUGGAGGAUCCAUUUAUCCGGCAGUACUCUGAGAAACAAGUGGAUGUGGCAAGCUAUGUGUGUCUAGUUUUAGAUAAAAUGGACCAACUUCCCGGCUCUGAGAAAAUGGAGCUUGAGCAAAGUGGAAGCUCUUGAGGUCAUUCCAUGGCCAUUUAAUACAGUACAGUUGAGAAUUAACCAUUGUUAUGAAGCUAUAGAGAUCUAUGUGAGUUGCUUGUACCGUGGAAGGUUAAUUUUUAGUUGUACUGUAUUGUAGUUUAUAGAAUUUAGUUGUGAAGUACAACUUACAGCAUUGCACUUGUAUCACACUUAACUGAAGUUUACCUUUUGUUGUUGAAAAAUCAUGUCCAGUCAACAGUUUGCUGCAUUAUUCAUACCCCAUAGUGGUAAGUGCCAUAGUCAUAGGGAAUUAUAUCAUUAUCUGUAGUGGUUCAGUGAACCAGUUUGUGGAUCUGAGGAUUUGUAUUGUCCACACUACAAGUCCUUUGAAUAUGCAUCUUUAUCCCAUUGAGGGCUCCUAGCUUACAGCUCAUACAUACCAAUAUGUUUUUAACAUCUUUAUUAGUAUAUUUAAUGAAAUAUAAGAGAUUUUAAAUUUGAAUUUGUUUCUAAAAUAUAUGCUGUAUGCUGUACCACAACUCAUGGAGUAUCUACAUUCAGCUCUGAAUUCCUCACUUUUAUAAUGAGUUCAAGUAUAGAAUAUAAAUCGAGGCAAAAUGUUCACCAAAAGUUGAUAAAGAAUUUGUUAAUUUAUUUAUCUGAAAUUGAGCAAUGGUGUUUUCUUGACAUUCUUUGUUUCUUAUAUUAUCUUAAAGCAAGGACAAUUUGAUACAAGUUUUAUGCAAAGAGCUGAUUGUU